CCCCAGCUCUGGCCGCGCCACACCCUCUUCCCGGUUGCCAUGCCAACAACCUCUCCCUCUGAGGCCCACCUCCUGGGUGGUGCAGGCGUUGGGUCCCGCCCUUCGUGUUCGACUUCCGCUCGGGGAAAGGCCGUUUCCGGCCCCUCUGGCGCCUGCCGCGCAUUAUGGCCGCGCGGUCGCCUUUGCGGGUCCUGUGCUUGGCGGGCUUCCGGCAGAGCGAGCGGGGCUUCCGCGAGAAGACCGGAGCGUUGCGGAAAGCGCUGCGGGGCCGCGCCGAGCUCGUGUGCCUCAGCGGCCCGCACCCGGUCUUGGACACAGCGAGCUCCGAGGGCGCCGGGCUAGACGCCGGGCCCUGCCCUGCGGAGGAGCAGCCUCGAGGUUGGUGGUUUUCAGAACAGGAGGCUGACGUUUUCUCAGCUCUGGAAGAGCCCACCGUGUGCCGAGGUCUGGAGGAAGCCCUGGGAACGGUGGCACAGGCACUGAAGAAACUGGGGCCUUUUGAUGGGAUCCUUGGUUUCAGCCAGGGGGCCGCGCUAGCAGCCCUUGUGUGUGCUCUUGGACAAGCUGGAGAUCCCCGCUUCCCUUUGCCCCGGUUUAUCAUCCUGGUGUCUGGCUUCUGUCCCCGGGGUCUUGGCCUCAAGGAACCCAUCCUGCAGGGCCCCUUGUCAUUGCCUUCGCUCCAUGUUUUUGGGGACACCGACCGCGUCAUCCCCUCUCAGGAGAGCAUGCAGCUGUGUAGCCGGUUCGCUGGAGCUAUCACCCUCACCCACUCGGGGGGCCACUUCAUUCCAGCCGCAGCACCUCAGCGCCAGGCCUACCUCAAGUUCUUGGACCAGUUCUCAGAGUAAAGAUCAACAAAACCUUUGGCUCUGCAUACCCUCUCCACCCCCACCCCCAGUGGGGACACAUGACCUUGGUGCAGCCUUUAUCAUCUCUGCCCUCCCCCACUGUCCCCUACCUGGGGCCUCCACUGCUGUUAGUGCUCCUCACCAUCACUAAUCAAGAGACAAGUAUCAAAUUAUACAAGUCCAGCUCUGCACUCGAGAAGGGGCUUAGGAGACCCUAAUGGACUUUGACCUCAGCAUCUGAUAUUCAAACAUGAAAAAGGUCAGUGGAGCCCUGGAUGAGUAGAGGGUGGCCCAGGAAAGGCAGAGACUGGCAAGCACUGUGACUGCCACACAAUAAAGUGGUGAUUGGAUUUUGAGCAUCUUUUUUCCUGAUACAGGAAAGCCUGUUUUAUUUUUUUUAAGUCUGGGAGUUCCCUGGUGGUGCAACAGUUUAAGGAUCCAGUUUUGUCACUGUUGGGGCUCAGGUCAUUACUGUGGUGCAGGUUUGAUCCUGGGCCCAGGAACUUCCGAGAGCCACACAGGAGCAGCCAAAAAAAAUUCUUAAAAAUUCUAAAAGUCUGGAUUCCUGGCCAUCCAUACAGCCUCCAAGGCAGCACCACGCAGGGUGGUGUUUCAGGUUA